AGGAAGUGAAAACUUUUUGCCAAAAGUUCUGUGAGAAGACCUCUUGCACUGAGUGGACUCCAAGUUAGGUCAAAUACAGAUAGCUUUUGCAAGCAAGGUCUUUCAGAAAAACAGCAGAUGAGUCAGAUAAUGACAGUUCUUGAGAAUGAGGCUUUGAAAGAGCUCUACUUCUAUUCUUCUCCAUCUGGUUGGCUGCAUUGGAAUCAGGGCUGUUGAAAAUAAGGCUUCCAUGGAUCUGGAGAAUGAACGAUGAAACAGUGCCACAAAGCAUGCAAGCAUGCUGUUCAUACUGAAAUUCAGUUCUUAAAUAUUCCUUGAGCUGCUGAAAGCUUAUAGUUAGUAUUCAGAGUCAGAAAAACCUGAUUCUGACAAUUUUUUUUGGUCAGAUUUUCAUUGCUUUUAUAAAGGAGAGAAUUUUCAGAGAUCUUAUGCCACCAUUUUUGGUGAGAACUCCCUUGCUGUUUGUACCCUCAUAAAGGAUUUGGCCAGAGCAACAAGGACUAACCCUUUGUAGUUAAAUUCUUUCAUUUAAUGGAACCAGCUUUGUUGGUGUGAGUACCUUGAAAUCAUAUAACCCAGAUUUAAAAGAUAUCCUGAUAUUCAAAUUGCUUUUGGAAAUCUUUUUGUCUUAACCAUAAAGUAUGAUAAUAUUCUGAAGUCAGUGAACCUAUGCUUGCUAAGUUGUUUCAGUCAUGUUCAACUCUUUGUAACUCCAUGGACCGCAGCCCACCAGGCUCCUCUGUCCAUGGGAUUCUCCAGGCAAGAAUACUGGAGUGGGUUGCCAUGCCCUCCUCCAGUGAACUUAUAUCUGAAUCCUAUUAAGUGGCUACAAGUAUAUACUACUUCCUUGUGUUGCUAAAACAGAGUCUAAGUAGCCUUCUAUAAUUGUACUUUUAGAAAUAUUGACCAUUUUUAGAUGUUAGCCUCCCCACAUCACUGUCUUUUUAUUAUAUUGAACCCCCAGAUUUGCUUUUGAUUAACAGUCAAACCUUAAAAAAGUCCUCUGAGAGAAACAGAACCUGAAAAUGUGAUAUUGAAAUGAAAUGAUUUAAAAUAGUAUUUGGGCAUUUACAUGUCCAUUGGUGCCACAAAAAUCUGAACAUGGAAUGGAAUUCAGAACUCCAUGAAAGAGAGCUGAUGUCCAAAGAGUUGAUGUCACACAGCUUAUGGCCUGAUUGGCACGGAAGUUGGAGCUGGACAGUUGACUCUCCAUUCUGCUCUGGUGGAGGCUGCACUUCUAAAAGCGAGCUCUUCAAACUUACAUCUCAAUUACUCCUAACAGGGACAGUUAGAAUUUUCUUUCUCAAAGAUUUGAGAAAUCCCUGAUAAGAUGUACUGUUCCCUCAAGUUUAUUUUAAUUGUAAUUUUUUUUUACUGUCAGCCUUCAUCCAGCUUUGACGACUUAGAUUCUCAUAAAAGCUCCAAAGUUAACGCGAUAAUUAUGUUCUGCAUUGGUGGCGCUAUCCUGUUGGCCAUGCUCGUUCUGAUGGCCGUUGUCAUCUGUCUUUACUACAAAGUAGCCAACGCACUGAACAUGCCAAAGGUACCUGUUUGUUUGGCCUUAAAAAAUAAUCCAGCCACGGUCAACCCGGACAAGGUCAGUGCGGCCCUUACCACUGGGUCUUAUCCCAGCCUCCAGUGCUGUGACGAAUGUAACUUGUAUCCCGGCUUCGAUGCCCUGCCUCCGUGCUGCUGCAAUGUAAACGAGGGGCUCUGACUUGGGUUUCCCGUAAGGCUUUGAAGAUCUGGGAAACAGACUAAGCACGUGGUACCCCACAGAGCAGUCCCGAAGGGUUCCUGUGAUUGUUGCUCAGGCUCUCGUUUGCAAGCUUAACCCAAGCCCAACAAAGCCAAGGCCCAAUUUGUUUUCUUUGAAACAGACAAAUAAAGCUCAUUUUGUGUA